GCCUAUUUUUGUGACAUCAAUGAUGACUGACGCAUCGCCGUUGGACAUCGCGGGCACGACCCUUGGUUCCGUGCUGAACCAGAAACGGUUCGACAAGGUGAAGGAAAGCCUCACUGGGCUGUCGCACACUGCCUUGUUCAAGAAGCUGGCUCAAGCUGCUCAAGACAUCUUUGUGGAGGAAGAGGUUCGACAAAAGUACCCUGCUGAGCGGCAUGCGCAGCUUAUCCAGGCUGUGCGGGAGACGAAAGUGGAAUCCUGUGGUUCUGCCUUAUCGCCACAGUUUCGAGAGAUGUACACGCUUCGCAGCGCGCAGCAGGACUUGUUGCGCGACUUUGUAUUGCUUUCCUUGGAAUACACAAAGCUGUGCGGUUUCUCAGACUUUGAAAAGGUCUUGCUCAAGCACUGCAUGAUGAUUGCACACUACUACGACAGGCUCUUCUUGGCGUGGUCUGACAUCAUGCAGCACCCAGACUUUGUGGAACAAGUCCGCCUCAUGAAACCGACAGCCCAGGAGUGUUUCAACCCGUAUACUAUUGUGAGCUACAACAGGGAAGCAGGAACGUAUGCCACGACCACAUACGCUGCCGCUUUUCCCUCGCUCGUCAGCGCAAUCGUCGAGGAAAUGACAAAUCUGUGUGCAGAACUCAAUGAGCUGUCGGAGCUUGAUGAAGGGGAGCGUGCGUACGUGCCUUACUUUCGACAAUACAUCACGUGCCUGAAGCACACGAACAUAUCCACGCUGGAGAGCGAAUGGCUGCACCUCGACGCGCUGUGGAUGAAAGUGACGACUCCAAUUCAGGUGGUCCACGAUUUGGUGCGCGGGCUCGCAGACCCGCUCCGCGCGAAGAUCCCACCAGACUUCUCAAUCAGAAUUCGGGACGACAGCUUUGUGGACGCACAGGCAAAAAUCGCCACCAUCACCGAGUCAAUGAAAUCCUUCUACUCAAGCCGCAACACUCCUCUCGGGGACGCGGGAGCACAGAAGCUUGACGCCAGCCUGGCCGGCUUCUUCAUAGUCCCCGUCUUCGCUGGCCUCUCCCUGCACACGGGCCUAAGGAGCCUGAAAGCGCCCGCAAAUCAGCUGAUGCGCAACGAUUACGGCAUCAAACUCCUACUCGACUUUCCGACAGCCGGAACGCGACUGCACAAACUGCGAGAACACAUUCUCCAGGUUGUUGAUGAGCCCGUGCAGCACUGCCAGUACCUGGAUGCACUCACGUCGCUCGUGUGGAACACCGUCCCGCAUGAGUUGUCGCACACGGCAUACAACCUCACAACGCUUGACGGUGCCGGACAAGUGCCUGCAAUAUACAUGCUUGAAGAAGUCAGGGCGAGCUUGGCCGUGUUGCACAACGUAUCGCUUCAGGUCAAGGCGAACACCGUCACCGAGCAAGGUGCAGUCAUUCGUCCACUGUUCCACGACCGCAUGCUUCUUGCUGUCAUGUUUUCGCAACAGCAGCAGCAGCAGCAGCAGCAGUUUCAUCAGCAGCAGCACGCGUAUGAGCAGGUGCCCCCAGCCUCAACGUCUGCAUUUGUUGAGCCACAGACCGCAUACAACCAAAGCACAGACCCCUUUGCAUCGUACCCGCCGACUGACCAGUACCAGGAGCAGCACCAGUCACAAGUGUCGGCUGCAUAUGAGCAGCCUGUGUCCCAGCAGCUGACAUCCGCGCUCACGUACGAUGACGUCGCUUACACAGCAGCGGGGCACCAGCACGAUCAGCAUUUGCCACAACAGCACCAGCAACUGUCACCACCACCACAGCAGCACCAGCAGCACCAGCAACUGCAACCGUACGGACAGCCAGCUAUCCAAGGGAAUGUCGGCUCGCAAGCCGUGGACACGCAGACGUCACACGCAGUCCCGGGUGGCACGCAGCAACCGCAGCACAACCCCUCGUUUGAGGACGCGUUUCCAUCACAGCUGCCCUUGCUGGACGACGCCAGCAAGCAGCAGCAGCAACAACACCACCAACAACAGCAGCAGCAGGAGGAACAGGCCCUUCCCCAGCUGCCGUCUGCUCCCAACUCGUACACGACGGAGCAGCAGCCUUACCUUCCCCCCGAGCCGUACCAAGCGCCAAACGGCAGCGCCUCCCAGCCAUAACUGCAGAAGCCACAGCAAAUACUUUACAUGUGCCUUUAGCCCAUUCAAGCCCUGUGACCGCUGGUUUCAUUGUUAGUGUCAACUGUUCGCGCUGUGUGUCGUUGGUUACCCUUCUCCAUUACCACACGAAGACUUUUUGCGUGUAGCGUUACUUGAUCAUCGAUUCACCAUUAUGUGCUUGGGUUCAUGUGGCUGUCGGCGUGAGGUGCACUGAACAUGUUUUAUGUCUUGCGUGUUUGUUCGUGCAAGCCCCACUCACUUCACAGUUUGUUCCCUUCAAGUGUAACGUGGACUUUUGAUGUCAGUGGGCUGGUUCAUGCGAGCACCCACGCGCUGUACUGCCUCGAGUGACGCUGAUGCAUUCCGCGUAACCCACGCAGUUGCUGGGGUUGAAGGGGCGUUGAUGUUGGUAACUCAAGAGGAAGAAGGCUGCAAGCCGAGGAAAGCACGCAAGCAGCGUAACUGCCAAAAUAUACCUCUGCCGCACAUAACAUGACAG